UACUCUUUCACUAUUUUGAGUCAUUUGGUAUAGGGUUUUAUAAAAAUUAUUUGCAUUAUUUUGUUUUAUUUUGUUUUUUGUGAAAAAUUUUGAUAAUCAAUACAUUUAUAGGGCGUUUAAAAGUUUCGUACUAUUUCAACGAUAUUUUUUUUUACAUAUUCACUGUAUUUUCUUUGAGAACCGUUCGGCAUCCUAAUGCUGUAUAUAAUGUUCUCUACUUCAAAAUGACAACUAUUAUUUCUGUGGAAGUGUAUAUAAUAUCCUUAGGGAAUGCAACGCUCAGGAAACAUAUAAAUCUUACCUAACACAUGUGCCUGCAUUUAUGUUUGCAUAUGAAAUGCUUUAAUACUACCUAUAAAUUCAUAUAUGAAUGGAUUAUAGUAUUGUAAAUAUGGCAUACGAACGUUUUGGAAUUCUUCUUGAAAGUGAACAGUACGAUGAAGAAAUAGGCAACACAGAAUGCAAUCAGAAAUUGAAUGACCACGGUAUAAGCAAUGGCAACCACAACGAUUUAAACAGAAAAAAUACAUUUCACCAAAUUAUUCAUUCAGAAUCAAAAGAUAGUGAUAACGCAUUUGAUUAUAACAUUCAUGGAAAGGUACAAUUCAAAGCGGCUGAUAAUAACUUUUCUUCGAAAUUAAGAAUGAAUACGAAUAUUGGCUAUGAAAUGAAUAUCAACUGUUACAAAAAUAUUGGAUAUGGCGAAAAUCAAGAAAAAGAUGUAGCAAAUAGUUUCUCAAAAAAUGGUACAACAAUACUAAAUUCAACUGGCAAGUCAAGACGGUGGGAACAAAAGCUUGUUCAAAUCAAAACCAUGGAGGGAGAGUUUAGUGUUACAAUGUGGGCAUCCGGAAUAUCCGACGAUGAAUACUCCGGUUCAGAACAAAUCGGUGAUUCGGAUUUAUUAAAAGAAAAGGAGGAUAUUGAUUUGGAUCGCUUUACGUCUCAAAGAAAUGAAGAAUACCAGAAAAUGGAGUCGAACUUUACUAAUUCACAGGCACUCGAAAUGCAUUCACCUAUAAGCUCAGUUCAGAUCAUGGAUCAUUUAACAAAGGAGAGAGGAAGUUUGAUUCAAGAAAAUAAUAUUACCGAAAGGAUUUUAUCUAAGUCAGCCUUAAGUUUCGAAGACCCAAUCUUGAUUUCUGAUUCUUCAAGUAUUCAGUUGGUUAAUGAAACUGCCGCAAUGACAAUUAAUAAUCAAACAAUUUUUAGUAAUCAUACGGACAAUAGCGGUGAUCUGCAUACCUUGACCAGCUCAGUGCAAUUUGAUCUUGGCUUGCAGGAGAGACAAGUAAAUGAUUGCUUAUCAACAACAUCACAAGCUCACCAUGACAAUAUAGGAUGUGCUGAAAUAAGUUUAAAUCUUUCCGAAGUUACGGUGGCCUAUGCAAAUGAUAAAAAAAUAGCUUGCCCUCAUAAGGGCUGUCAUAAGCACUUCAGAGAUUCAUCUGCGAUGCGAAAACAUUUGCACACUCACGGUCCUCGAGUCCAUGUUUGUGCAGAAUGUGGUAAAGCUUUCGUAGAAAGCUCUAAGCUUAAAAGACAUCAGUUGGUUCACACCGGUGAGAAACCAUUCCAGUGUACAUUCGAGGGAUGUGGAAAACGAUUUUCUCUGGAUUUUAACUUAAGAACACACGUAAGAAUACAUACUGGAGAUCGGCCUUUUGUUUGUCCAUUUGAUGCCUGUAAUAAAAAAUUUGCUCAAUCCACGAAUUUAAAAUCUCACAUAUUAACUCAUGCGAAAGCAAAGAGAAAUACUGGCAUUUCCGGGAAAAGUGGUUGUUCAAACGCUGACUCAAACAGCCAGAGUGAAGAUAACUCUACAAAUAAUGUUAAGAUUGAGCUAAAGGAUAGUGUUGCAGAAAACCAUGUACCUUUUGUGGUAUAUGCAGACUGAAUGUGUAUGUCGAUCCGAUUUCCAAGUCCAUCUCGAUCAAAUUUGUAAUGAUUGCAAUAAUAUUAAUAUUUUUUAAACGCCUUUUUUAUAAAGCCCAAAUGAAAAUAAUAAUUGAUUUUAAAUUUAAUAAAAAUAGUUAAUCAUUA